UCAAUGGGUAAAGGAUACAUUCUUGUUCGCCAUUUACGAGUUAUCCCUGAAUACAAUAGAACUGAAGAAGGAUUCAUGAUGGUACUGUUUUUCAGAAAAUAUCCUUCAUCGAUUGUCUGAGAAAUGGAAGCUAAGUUUAGUUGAUAUUUGCUUUAAAUGUUCCUCAUACUGAUUUGCAAUCUCUUACGAAGCUAUGUCUUCAGCUUUACCCCUUAACCACUUUUGUAACAGUUUCUAUCAAAUUAUCACCUGGGUGCAAAAUGGAAUAUAAAGCAGGUUUUACGUCUUCUUUGAAUUCAAUCUUAAAGAAGAUUUAGCUGAUUCAGAACAGUCUAAGAAUAUGCUCUUUACUAGUUAUGAAAAUCUCUUAGGAAUUUUGCAUUCAAUAUCUCAUAUUUUGCGAGGAGAUAUAAUAUACCUAAGCCACUUUAAAGCUGCGUUUUAAACGAGAAUGAAAUAUUUUAUUUAUGAUUAAAAACAAUGCUAAAAAAUCUAUUUUAAUUCGUGAGUAUCAAAUAUAUAAAAACCAAUUUGAAUUUGUACAAAAACUACCUACAAAUCGCUACAACGUCAAUCCGAAAACCCGAAUCUCCAUCUACAGAAAACUACUACCUACUCCUGACCCCCAUUGUUUUUGCAACAUCUCUAUUAUUAAACAGCUUUUACCUUGGAGCCUUAUAGACCCAGAUCUGAACCGAAAACUGACCCACUGCCUGUGUGGAAAGUUCAAUAGUAAUUUCUAGGGGAUUGACUGACGUAACAACCCACCGACCGACCCACCGUAAUGGUCAUGAGCAUGAGCCGCUACCCGGUACUAUUUCAAAACCAGAGCCCCAAAACCAAAGUCAAGGAAAACAAGAAAAGCGAAGAAAACGCACAAAUGGAUAGAAACCCGUUUGGUGGCUGACCGAACGAAAGGAAAACCACAACCGAGAUUGAGGCUGAAAACUGAAAACUGAAGACUGAAGGCUGGGGGAGCCUGGACAACUCGAUUGGAUGAGGCUAUUAUGUCAUCGCCAUUGCGGAAAGCAGUGGGAUGGACUUUGUUUUGAUGAUAACUUCGCGCGGUUCCGGUUUUUGCGCGAAAGGGGCCAAAAGUGGAGCUGAAGCUGGGACUGGUGCCUGGAGCCUGGCAUCGUAGGCAGCUGGCAUCGAUUUUUGGCAUCCAAUUUGGAGCUUAAACAUGACUGCAGCUCGGAGAGAUUGCCCAUUUGAACGCUGACAACGAAGCUCAACGGUCGUGACAGGACACGCAAGCAGACUCUUCUUUACCAGCAUCAGGAUACAGACAUGGGAUUCAGAUUCAUACUAUUGGCUGCCAUGGGCUUGGGGGCUAUGUACAUGAUGCAUCAGCUGGCACAGGAUUGGAACAGGAUACGUCCCAUCCAGGGCAUCACCAUGCUGGCGGGCCAGGUUAGCUCUGGCUUGAAUCUAAACAGACUCCCAGCUCUGGCGGGUCAGGCCAGUGCCGCCCUGACUCGGAUUCGUGGUAGAAGAGAGGCGCCAUCAUAUCACAGACAGAGGCAUGAACUGGAUGGGGUUCGAGGCACUCCGGACUCUGGAAGGGGUCCUUAUCGAGCUCCACCGCCCGCCAUCGACUGGAAGCGCAUCCUCUCGCGCGAUCCCUUCGAGUGCCUCCAGUCACUAAUCUGCCAGCUCAUGUCCGGCGCCGAGGCGGCUGCUCCCGAGGCUGAGCUCCUCAUGGACUACCUGGAAUCAUCGCUGGAGCUGGCUCCGGCCAAGAUCGGACGCGCCUUCAGUCGGGGUCUGGCGUUGCGCGGCUUCACGGAUCGAUGCUACAAUGAAUAUCCUUUCUGUCUGUACUCCGCGAAGACAAUGUUGCGCAUCCUUCGCUGGUUCAGCGAAACGGGAGCAGUCCCCCAGGAUGUGGAGGAUGGGCAAAAGGGAGAGGACUAGAAGAACUUUCGUUAGGUUAAGACUUGGUUUAAAUAAAGUUUAAGGCAAAGAGAUAGAGAAAUGGUCUGCAUCCGUUUGAUUUUCGAUGCAUUUUCCCCAAAAUAUUGUAUGUGCCAUUCCUUUAUUAUAUCAUCAAAUUGUUGAAUCAGAAAAACUAUGAGAUUUGAAUCGAUCCAGAACUAAUCCCUAGUUUUUCCUCAAUCUUUUUAUAUAUAUAUAUAUGUGGCAACCGCGGAGAUCGUAUCGUAUCUGAAGAAUCAACAUCGGAUGACUGCAUCAUAUAUAAUU